AUGGCGGACGGCGCCGGUUCGAAUAGAGGCCCUAGGUCAGCCUAUUUCAACCACAUCCCCAGACGCAUGUCCUACGCUUCUGUAGCGUCCGGCGCGAAUCCUCAGUCGAACCUUCCUGCACCUCAGUCAGAACCGUUGUCUCACCUUGCGGCGAAUUUCACUCCGAGCAGUUCGUAUCCUUCUCACGAAUCAGAAUCUCAGAUCCAGGGACGACAACCACCUCAAGAGCACGAGUCAAACGGUUCCCAGUGGCGAACUCGAACUCCUUUCCCGCGAUACUCGAGGAAGUUCUCACACAUCCAUGCUGCAGAAGCAGGAAUGAUACCCGUCAAUCAGUUUUUUGUCCCGUCGUACCUGAGGGCAUCGAGGUAUGUUGCGAAGCUAGAAGCUGCACACAAGGCGAAGUUGAAGAGGGAGAGGGAGCACCCACCAAACCCAACCUCCGGAGCAAACUCACUUUCCACGAGCGCAGGGCACUCCAAUGCUCAAAGACUAGCGCCCUCCCAUCGUGGUAUGACAUACGACAUUAUAGAAAGCAACCCGCCCAGAGACGAUCUGGCAUUGAUGCCUUUGCCCUCUCGCUGGAGCGAGCAGGAUAAAUAUCCUGGCUUGGAUGCAAUGAACGAGGGUCUCGAAUUGAAGUACACCGGUUCUGGGAGCAAAGCAGAGAUCGAGGCAGCGUCGGUGCGCGCAGACUACCCCAUGCCAUCGGCUUGUGGGAUAUACUACUUCGAGGUGGAGAUCAAACACAAGAGCAAAGAUACAGCCAUUGCUAUUGGGUUCUCUACGGCAGAAGCGUCCCUAGAAAGACUUCCGGGGUGGGAGACGCACUCAUGGGGAUACCAUGGUGAUGAUGGUAAGAUGUUCUGCGGCGAACACUCCGGCAGACACUACGGUCCUACUUUUGAUGCAGGCGAUGUCAUCGGUUGUGGCGUGAAUUUCAACGCCGGCCAUGCCUUUUUCACAAAGAACGGACAAGACCUUGGAGUAUGCUUCAAGGAACUGAAAAAGGACCUGCGGCUGUUUCCCACUGUGGGAAUGAAAAAGCAUACAGGAGCACUUGUUGCUGUAAACUUUGGUCAAAGGCCUUUUGUCUUUGACAUUGAUGAUAAGAUGGAAAGCGAAAGGGACAAAGUGGCAAAGGACAUUGAUAACGCAAAGCCUCUAUCCUUGACGGAGCGCCGAAACGAGACGACCCUCGUUCAAGAUUUGGUCAUGCAGUUUCUGAGCCAUGAUGGUUACGUGGAGACUGCUAGGGCUUUUGCAGAAGAGGUUCAGAGGCAAAGAGAAUCUCUGAGCAAUACAGUAUCAACUCCGCCGGCUGCUCCGCCUGUGGAUGAUACUGAAGCUCUAAACAGACAAAAAAUUCGACGUGCGAUCCUCUUUGGAGAUAUCGACCGAGCUCUCGAAGCCACUCAAGCUCACUUCCCCUCUGUCCUCGCACAGAAUCCCAACAUCGUGUUCAAGAUGAAAUGUCGCAAGUGGAUUGAGUUAAUCAGAAAGACAACUGAAUUGAACGCAAGAAAGAACAGUGCCCAAUUUGGAGCUUCCGCAGCUACAGACGAUGAUUUUGCUCAGGACAUGGAUCUCGAUGACCAACCCAAUGGUGGGAGCCAGAGCAACGGCCUAGGGAAGGCCGUUGCCAGCGAGACCGUGCUACUCCGCGAUCAGUAUCUAAUGGAAGCCAUGGCAUAUGGUCAGGAAUUGUCCAGAGAAUAUGGUGGUCAAGAAGAUCACGCGCAAACGCUUAAUGAGACCUUCAGUCUACUCGCAUACGACGACCCUACAGUCAGCGUCAACGGUCACCUUCUCGACCCUUCCGUCUUCCUUGGCCGACCGCCUGCCGCUUAUAUUGAGAGAAUCUGGAGGCAGACCGACGCACUUCUCGACACAUUAGUCGAUAAUGAGGGCGGAGCAGCAGCUUUCGUCAACGUCCGGGCGGCGUUUGAGACGUGA